UAAAUACAGCUACUUCCUUGCUGCUCCAAAAAAAAGAAAAAAGAAAAAAAGACUAAGUUCUUGACUAUUUUGAAAUGUUUCUGCAGGAUAUAAAAAGGAGAGAAGAAGCUCUUUCUCAAGCUGGUGUUCCUGCUCAUGAUAAGAAUUGGCCUCCAUUUUUCCCAAUCAUUCAUCAUGAUAUUGCCAAUGAGAUACCGGCUCAUGCUCAAAGGAUGCAAUAUCUGGCCUUUGCAAGUUGGUUAGGAAUUGUUCUCUGCCUGGUUUUUAAUGUAGUUGCUGUGACUGUAUGUUGGAUUAGAGGCGGUGGGGUUAAAAUUUUUUUCCUUGCUGUGAUCUACUUACUUGGAGUUCCCAUGUCGUACGUGCUUUGGUAUAGGCCCCUCUAUAAUGCCGUGAGGACAGAUAGUGCAUUCAAGUUUGGUGGUUUUUUCCUGAUUUACAUGCUGCAUAUUGCGUUUUGUGUCUUUGCUGCUAUUGCUCCUCCGGUUGUUUUUCAUGGAAAGUCAUUGACGGGUAUUCUUGCCGCAAUUGAUGUCUUCUCAGACCAUGUAUUCGUUGGGAUAUUCUAUUUGGUUGGAUUUGGCUUGUUUUGCUUGGAGACUCUACUAAGCUUGUGGGUGGUUCAGAAAGUCUACAUGUAUUUCAGGGGGAACAAGUGAGAUUUUCCAGUCACAUGCUAAGUGACCAGUAUAUUCUUUUUCUUCUGCUCCACAGUGUCUCCCCACUUUCCCAUGUUCCUACCUAUGACUUUUAGAUCAGUGUUUAGUGAAUUCUAGGAACUUUAAUGUGCCUUCCUGUGGUUGUAUAACUCCGAUCUCCCUCCCUCUGAUUCUUUUUUUCCUUUUUGGUUAGCAUAGUGACAUCCGGAUUUUUCUUUCAAUUAAUGAAAUAUAUGUUGUGAGUGAAA